GGAGGAAAUGAUGGAGGAGGAAAGUUUGUGACGCCGCUUCGUGUUUUUGGGACUGUCCGUAGGAAAAUACCGCUGAACAUUUUAUUAGCUUGUAGCUCGGUUCGCUCGUCCUUGCCGUUCUGUUCAGAGGGAUAAAUUUAAGAAGUCUGUAUGGAUCUGGGAUUAUUUGGGUUGCCAACACUGAAAUGUCUCAUGAUUGGAAAUGCAGCUCCACGCCUGUCUGUUGGUCGUUAUCAUCACAACAGAUAAAACAUUGGCCUUAUCGCAGCACCUCUGUGGUGAAGAUGUCAGCCUGGACCAAGAGCCUUCUGGUCACAUUAAUCUCACUUUACCUGGACUUUUUACUGAUUCCACUGACAGACCCCAGACCGUAACCCACCACUCUCAUGAAGCCACACCGGCUUCAGUUUGCACUUGGACUUUAAACAUCCCUCUGGGUCGAACGGUACUUUUAAAGUUGGUAUGGUUGGGAAACAGCUCCAGUAUAUCCAUUCGUUGUGUGUGGAAUGAAAAAGAUCUGAUCCUGGAGAGCGGUGGGGGGACAGCUCUGCUCUCCGGCUGUGAUGGAAACAAAGCAACACUCUACUGGACAGGGGAAGGAUGGCCCUCAAAUGCGAUUGAGCUGUCUUAUUAUGUCCAGGAAGAUGACACACAUUCCACAGAGGACCACACCAACCCAUAUUCAAUCCAAGACCUCUUACAUUGGUCUCAGACAGGAACCAGCUUUACAAGAACUUCUCCCAUUGGUCAAGAGUUUGGGAGAGGAACCGUAAGGAGCAGAGGUCAAAUCUACGAAAGCGAGGAGACGAGUUCAGGACCAUAUUUCUCCUCUCAGAACCAGGGGCUGCUGCACCCCACCGCACCCCUGCAGGGACUCGCCACGACUGGGAAAGCCGAUAGGGAAACUCUCCCUUUUCCUGAGGAAGAACUAAACAAUGGCACGGAUGCAUCUGGAGCUGCUCACCUCGCUGAUAGUCCCACAUCGGCUCAAGAGAGGACACACCCCUAUUUUCAUUCAACAGAUUCAUUUUUCCACGAUCUAAAUACAGAAAACACUGAAACAGACUCCAGGAAUGAGCAUGAAACACACACAGAUCCGACUCAUGAAACGAGAAGUAGCUCCAACACCUUGAAUGCAGAUAAACACACAUCAGCACCAAGUGUUUCAAGCUCCAGCAUCCCACAUUUCAACACAUCUCUUUCUGGCACAACAUCCAUGAGUAAGCCAGUUUCAACCCUUCCUAACAGAGUUGUUUUUAAGGGUCCUGGAGAGAAACUAUCCCCUUCUUGGAGGAGCCAUCGAAGCACAGAUGUACUUGACUCUGAUACAACUUCCGCCGUCACAUCUAGCCCUUUAAAAUCCCCCACCAAACCCCCGGAGGAAGGCUCAACCAGUUCAAACACUGAUACAGAAUCUACUGUGUCAUCAUUAUCAUCAUCCUCACAGGGUCCCAGCAUGGUUCACUCAUCCACCACCCCAGUUACAGACAUCAACACUGCUGUCAGUACUCUGGAAACUGCUUCAUUUCACCCAAACAUGAGCCCAAACGGCUCUUCUUUGUCUGCCUUUUCUGAUUUUAGAAGCCAGACAGAUGCAUUUGAGCCAUCUGACAAGCUUGAAAUCACACAGAGGCUUCAGACUUUUACUCCUUCAUCCUCGCUGAGCCAAACAGACAUUGCUCAAAGCACAGAGAGUGGCACACAAAUGCCUUACACAACCUCUCCACUGAUGCUGACGAGUCAAGAGGAGGCAAAAGCAGCAGCGGAAAGUACUCAAAGCAAUUUAAAAGCUAUCUCCUUCUCGCCUGACAUAACCAAAGCUGAUGAGCAGACUUUCAGUUUUACUGAUUCAUCUCUAGGAGAUGCAGUCCAAAGCUCAGCUGUCAACCUGAACACUGAAGCUUAUACACAAAGUCCCACUUUCACUCUCUUCCAUGACAACUCUGCCACAGUUUCACAGACAUCUGCUUAUCUUCUGUCAACAAGUACAUCCACAGACUCAUCUACAAGAUUCAAAACAGUCCAAACAUACUCUGCAUUUCCAGGCACUUUAGGUUCUCCUCACACAACCUCCCCUUUGCCUUCCACUACCACCCAAUCUACUGCACAAACUUCCCAAAAUACGAUGCCUACAACCUCAGAAGCAUCAACAAUCAGAGCUACUUCUGCACAUAAGCCUCACACACAAUCCCAGCUGCCUUCUACUGACAUUCCAGCCACACAUAAACAAACCCACGGCUAUUUUACAACUGCACAAACUUCUGCACACUCCCUUUCAACUGUAACACCUGAGGACACAGACGUAGAAGUAGAGAAGCAAGAUGAGUCUUGGCAGCAGUUUCCCAGCAGCACCACCAGUCAGACUACACGAGCGGGUCAACCUGCACCUUAUACAACCCAACAUCCCAGCAGGGAAAAGCGUACAACACUUGCAACAUCUGUUUUAGACCCCAGACCAACUCUGAACUCAACAACUGGUCGCACACCCAAGUUCUUCAUUGUUCCAGACCAGCCUGCAGAUAUCAGAGUGGAGUAUAUCGAGCUGCUGCUGCAGAUCAUUGUAGAAGAGUCUAGGUCAACUUUAAACCCGGGCUUAGAGGAUGACACCACUGCAUGGAUGGAGCCUUACCUACACAAAGCCCCGGGGUUCAGUAGACUGCUGGGUGUCUGGAGCAGUGGCCAUGCGGUUCAGAGUCUGGUCCAAUUUAAAACCAGUGGGGCUCUGCAGUGGCUCAGCUCGACUGUACCCACAUCACUGUUGGAAAGAACUGGACUCUCUCAGGCUGUUCAAGAGGGGAAGAAAUUCAGAUCCUCCAAGAUCAGCAACAUCACAGUGGGAGGUGUGCAGGCUGAUGUGUGUGACUGGUUGCUGCAGUGCCCAGUAGGAUAUAAGUGUGUUUCCCAGCCUGGCUCUUCAAACUACAGCUGCUCCUCUGUCUGCCACUACGAUUACUGUCACCACCACGGCAUCUGCACCCACCACCCCGGCCAGCCUCCCGUCUGCCGCUGCCUUGUAGGCGAGGACUUCUGGUACAUGGGUCAGAGGUGUGAUGUGAGGAUGACUCGGACACGGCUUGUCGGUGCAUGUCUCGCCAUCUUACUCAUCAUGGUGACCGUGAUCGGGGUUUUGGCCUUGGUGGCAGUGCGGCGCUACAAAGCGGCUCUGAUUCAGGCCAAAGUGGAUCAGACUCGAAGCAGCUACCGCAGGUUCAACCAUUUUGAUGAGCUGUCAGGACGGUUCUGGUUGCGUUCGUGGGCAGGAUCAGCAGACUCGCUGGAUAAUCCUGCUUUCACACGCUCUGAUGAGUUACUGCACCUGCGGGCACUCGACCGCCCCUGCUGUUACCACGACGACACACUGUCGCUGGCAUCCACCUGCCCCAGCCAUGGCACACGGAUCAACACAAUCUACCCCCACAGCUCACAGUACGGUUUGAGGGGCAGCGAGGUGAGCAUGGGGGACGGUGUGCUGGACUCAGGAAAGGCCAGCGACCUCUCUGUGUGCAGUUGGCCUGUCGAACCCAUUCAGUGGACUCCUUUCCCGCUUCUGCAGCAGCUGGCUUCUCACAGGACCCCAACAGUGAGGGUGUCGAGGCCUCGGUCCUACUGUGAAGGCAUGGAGCUGGUCGACAUCAGCAAGAGUUGGACUGCUUGAAACACAAAAGAAUGAAAAAAACAAAGUUCUGACACUGGUGCUUUCAGCUUGUUUUGGGAUUCCAGGCCACAAAUGUUAUUUUGAUGAUAAAACCUGUAAAACAGUAACUGUAUAUGUGUUAAUGUGUAUAUAUUUGUUUUAUUUUUGUUAAAUUGUUGUUACAUUUUCA